AUGAUGCCCGCGGCGCACGUCUACGGACACCACCAGUUCAACCCUCAGGGCGGCGAUUCGGCUUGGAUGCACCAGCAGCCUGGUGCGCAUCAUGCCCACACUCAGCAACAGCAACAACAGGUCGCUGCGGCAGCUGCUGCCGCUGUCCAACAGCAGCAGCAGCACUUCAACCGCCUUGCUGGCGCGGGUCAGAUGCAGGGCCACGGUCAGGAUGCAGACCACAACAACGUUUCGGAGGACAACCGACGCACCAUGGCCUUUAUUGCCGAUCUUCUCAACGAGAACACUCGAGAGGCUGCCCUGCUGGAGCUCAGCAAGAAACGAGAGCAGGUUCCCGAGCUGGCCUUGAUCUUGUGGCAUUCUUUUGGUGUGAUGACUUCUCUCCUUCAGGAAAUCAUCUCAGUCUAUACUCUACUCAACCCCUCGCAACUCACUGCUGCUGCUUCGAAUCGAGUUUGUAAUGCUCUCGCUCUACUUCAGUGUGUUGCAUCACACAACGAUACAAGGACUUUGUUCCUCAAUGCACACAUCCCCUUGUUCCUCUACCCCUUUCUCAACACCACCUCUAAGUCUCGACCCUUCGAAUAUCUCCGCCUGACCAGUCUCGGUGUCAUUGGUGCGCUGGUCAAAAAUGAUUCCUCCGAAGUCAUCAACUUUCUCCUUACAACAGAGAUUAUCCCACUCUGCUUGCGUAUCAUGGAGACCGGCUCGGAACUUAGCAAGACUGUUGCUAUUUUCAUCGUUCAGAAAAUCCUGCUCGACGACAAUGGGCUCAACUACAUAUGCGCCACCUACGAGCGUUUCUAUGCAGUUGGUACCGUCCUGAGCAACAUGGUGGCUCAGCUCGUUGAGUCUCAGACAGCUCGACUUCUCAAGCAUGUUGUUAGGUGCUUCCUGCGUCUUAGUGAUAACGCUCGAGCACGUGAGGCUCUACGACAGUGCCUACCCGAACCACUUCGCGACGCCACCUUUUCCUCUGUUCUCCGCGAUGAUGCAGCAACCAAGAGAUGCCUGGCCCAGCUACUCAUCAACCUAUCGGAUAAUGUCGUAGACCCCAAUGGCGUCGGCGGUUCCAACAUGUAA